UAGAAGAACAUUUCCUCUGCUACGGAAUUGUGAUUUAGCCUCCUCCAGGCCUGCAGAGAAGGAACCAUGAAAUACUUUUCAAGAUACAGGAACUACUUUACCCUCGGGCUCAUUUUGUGUCUGAGACUGCAGUUGUCUGUGACAAGCUCCAACAAACCCAAUAUCGUGCUGAUAAUGGCAGAUGACCUGGGUAUCGGUGAUUUAGGAUGCUAUGGAAACACCACAAUAAGGACCCCCAAUAUCGACCGUCUGGCGAAGGAGGGCAUGAGACUGACCCAGCAUCUCGCCGCGGCCCCCCUCUGCACCCCGAGCCGAGCCUCGUUCCUGACGGGAAGAUACCCCAUCCGAUCAGGGAUGGAGUCCAAAGAACUCAUACAGGUUAUUGUAUGGAACGGGGCUUCCGGAGGGCUCCCUGCGAACGAAACCACGUUUGCCAGAAUCCUGCAGCAGCAAGGUUACACCACUGGCCUAAUAGGGAAAUGGCACCAGGGUGUGAACUGCGAGUCCCGCACUGAUUACUGCCAUCACCCCCUCAAUCACGGCUUCGACUAUUUCUUCGGCAUGCCCCUCACCAUGUUGAAUGACUGCGAGGAGGGGAGAGGCAGUGAGAUCGCCUUACGCAGCCAGAUGCAACACCGCUUCCACACCCAGAUACUCGCCUUGGCGUUGCUCACCCUCACCGUCGGGAAGAUCGCCGGCUGGAUCCCGCUCGGGUGGAAGGUGAUCUUGGGCUGUGCCGUCUCCGUUCUCCUCUUUUUCGUUUCCUGGUACUCCAGCUACGGGUUCCUCCGGCGGUGGAACUGUAUCAUCAUGAGAGACUACGAAGUCACGGAACAGCCGCUGGUCUUGGAGAGGUUGAUGCCCGCCAUCCUCAGGGAAGCCAUUUCGUUUCUCGAAAGGAACAAGCAGCGGCCUUUCCUCCUCUUUCUCUCGUUCCUACACGUCCACACCCCACUUUACACCACAGAAAAAUUCCGGGGAGUCAGCCAGCAUGGUUUAUACGGAGACAAUGUAGAGGAGAUGGAUUGGAUGGUGGGCCAAGUUCUCGCUGCCAUUGACAAGGAGGGUUUGAGGAAGAACACGCUGGUUUAUUUCACCUCAGACCACGGAGGGUUCCUGGAGAUUCGGGAUGGUAAUGUACAGCUUGGAGGCUGGAAUGGCAUAUACAAAGGAGGUAAAGGAAUGGGAGGCUGGGAAGGCGGGAUCCGCGUGCCGGGGAUUUUCCGGUGGCCGGGCGUGCUGCCCGCCGGCGGGGUCAUCGACGAACCCACGAGCCUCAUGGAUAUCUUGCCCACCGUGACCACCUUGGGAGGAGGAACCCUGCCCCGCGACAGGGUGAUUGACGGCCGGGACCUGAUGCCGUUACUGCGCGGAGACGUUCGGCGCUCGGACCACGAGUUCCUGUUCCACUACUGUGGGUCCCAUUUGCAUGCCGUGAGGUGGCACCCCAAAGACAGCGAGGCCGUCUGGAAGGCUCAUUACGUGACUCCGAUCUUCCAGCCGGCAGGAGCGGGGGCCUGCUACGGCAGCCGGAUGUGCUCCUGCUCCGGAGCGGGCGUCCGCCGGCACGAGCCGCCCCUGCUCUUCGACCUCUCCCGGGACCCCUCGGAGAGCCGCCCCCUGUCCCCGCGGGAGGAGCCCCGCUUCGAGGCCGUGACCCGCAGGAUGGCCGAGGCCGUGCGGGCCCACCGGGGGACGCUGGCCCCGGUGCCCGAGCAGCUGGGGCAGUUCCACAGCAUAUGGAAGCCCUGGCUUCAGCCGUGCUGCGGCACAUUUCCCUUCUGUGGCUGUGGCCGGGAGGCGGGCGGUCCUCACGGCGAGCUCUGAACCGGGAAGGACGCGGGAAGGCCGGUCCGGGUCCGCGGGGAUCUUGGAGUUUCUCCUCUCGCCGGCGGCCUUCCAGGUGAGUCGGUAUGGGUGUUGGGCGAUUUAAAGGCGUCGCCAGGCCAGGUAAGCAAGGGGUCUGCGCUCACUGUGUGCGGAGCGCUCCGCCGAGCGCGCGGGAGAGUACGAAGGUGGGACGAGGAAUAGUCCGGGAGAUAGGAAGGGGGAGGCCGACCCCGGCCGGGGUCGGGGGGCUGCGGGCGAGAGGUGGGCGGAGGUGCUCCCCCGCGCCUCUUUGCCAGGGUUCGGCGUAGGCUCUUUAUGGGCACGUCUUAUCACCUCUCAAUUCUCUCCCAAGCGUUUAGGCCAGCACUCCGCACCCGGUAACCCCUCAAGGGGCCCGGGGCUAGUUGCCCUCACUCUGUUUUCCAUCAGGUCAUUUCAACGGAGCCAAGAGCCGUCGAAAAAACCUGAAAGAAGUUACUUAAGUGAUUUCAGGUGUUAUCGAUUAAGUAACAGCUAAGUUAUGAAUCGAUUAAUUGAAAACACCUGAAAUCACCCAAGUUAAUUGAUUAAUUGAAAACACCUGAAAUCAUCAAUUAAGUUAUUAACUGAUUAAUUGAAAACACCUGAAAUCAAUUAAGUUAAUUAAAACACCUGUAAUGAAUUAAGUUAUUAAUCAGUUGACAACACCUGAAAUCAAUUAAGUUAUUGAUUAAUUAAUCAAAAAACACCUGAAACCAACUAAGUUAAUUAAUUGAAAACACCUGAAGCCAACUAAGUUAAUUGAAAACACCUGAAGUCAAUUAAGUUAUUCAUUAAUUGAAAAACACCUGAAACCAACUAGGUUAAUUUAUUAAUUGAAAACACCUGAAAUCAAUUAAGUUUUUAAUUGAUUAUUUGAAAACACCUGAAACCAACUAAGUUAACUGAAAACACCUGAAACCAAUUACGCUAUUAAUUAGAAUUAAGUUAUUAAUUGAAACCUGAAAUCGAUUAAGUUAUUAAUCAAUUAAUUUAAAACACAUGAAACCAGUUAAGCCAUUACUUAGAAUUAAUUAAAAGCUCCUGUAACUGAGUUAUUAGUAAAUUAAUCGAAAACACCUGAAACCAAUUAACUUGUGAAUUAAUUAGUUUAAUUUUAUGAUUUUAUUUCAUCGCUGCUGACUCGGAGCACAUCCAUUUUCAGCCCAGGGCUCCCUUUUGGGGGGUGUCUAGCAGGAAGCCCCGGGGAGGGUUUAGGUGAGGGUGUGCGCGCUCCUCUCGUAUCCCCUCUUUUCCGUGACCGCUGGGGACGGAGGACCGUUCCGGGAGGGAGGACAAGUGUCUGCCGGGGACGACUUUGACCACCUGCCCCGCCUUCCGACAGGACACUCUCUGGCCAGACCACAGGAAGCGGGGGAAGAAAAAAAGGGAAUUUCCACAUCUCCACUUACUUAUUGGAUGUCACGUGCAAACGUCCACUUUGAACCUAGAAAAUCCCGUGGCGCGUCCACAGUCUUCCAACUGCACACUCGUGGUGCGACGCCAGCUCGUCUCAGCACUUCACAGACAUUGAAAAAGCACAUUUCCCUUACCCUUUCCACUGGAAUUGCCCUCAACCCAUCACCACCGCCUUGUGAAAUACGCUGUGGCCCGUCCGUCGUUGCGGCGGCGAUUCAGGCGUCUAUUUGCAAUUUACGGCUUCGCUUUGGGAGGAAAAAAAAAAAGAGGGGACAGUUCUCGCAGAACUGAGAACUCGCUCGAGAGGUGUCGAAAGGUGUACGGAGCGCAGUGUUUCGAAGAAGGUUUUGAAAACGGAAUGCUAGAGACGUGCGGCCGCCACAAGCGUGCAGCCGAUGCUAUCUCCGGGUCCCGGUUACAGUAGAGAAUGACAUCGUUCCUGUCAAGAUGAAUACCGAGAGGCACCACAACAGUGAAAUUUCCCGGAGGCUUAAGAUACAAUCCCAAAUUCCCCUCUUCCCCCGGAAUCUCUAAUGAGACAUCUCCCGGCGACUCCGCGGAGCAGUUUUAAACUUUAGAAACGGCAUCCUGUCCCACGUGACCGAGCCGGCAUUGCACAUCUGUUUCUCGGCUUGGCAGUUUUAUUUAUGGAAGGCUGAAAAUAUAUUUAGUUCUCACCUCCUCA